AAACUGUCUUUCAGGCAGGCUGACUGUCACUUAUCAUGAGCUGUGCCCCUAAUGCUUCACACUCUCCGGUUUUCUUGCUCCUCGGGUUCUCGAGAGCCAGCAUCUCCCACACUCUCCUCUUCUUCCUGUUCCUGGCUAUUUACCUGACUACCAUAUUGGGGAAUGUGACACUGGUGCUGCUCAUCUCCUGGGACUCCAGACUCCACUCACCCAUGUAUUAUCUGUUUCGUGGCCUCUCUGUGAUAGACAUGGGGCUAUCCACAGUUACACUGCCCCAGUUGCUGGCCCAUCUGGUCUCUGAUUACCCAACCAUUCCUGCUGCCCGCUGCUUGGCUCAGUUCUUUUUCUUCUAUGCAUUUGGGGUUACAGAUAAACUUGUCAUUGCUGUCAUGGCUCUGGAUCGCUAUGUGGCCAUCUGUGACCCCCUGCGCUAUGCUUUGGUAAUGAAUCACCAACGUUGUGCCUGCUUACUAGCCUUGAGCUGAGUGGUGUCCAUACUGCACACCAUGUUGCACGUGGGACUCAUCCUGCCUCUUUGCUGGACUGGGGAUGCUGGGGGCAACGUUAACCUUCCUCACUUCUUUUGUGACCACUGGCCAUUUCUGCAAGCCUCUUGUUCUGACACACAUUCUAAUGAGCUGGCCAUAUUCUUUGAGGGUGGCUUCCUUAUGCUGGGCCCCUAUGCCCUUAUUGUACUCUCUUAUGUCUGAAUUGGGGCCACUGUUCUACGUUUGCCUUCAGCUGCUGGUCGCUGCCGAGCAGUCUCCACCUGUGGAUCCCACCUCACCAUGGUUGGUUUCCUCUACAGCACCAUCAUUUGGGUCUACUUCCAGCCUCCCUCCCAGAACUCUCGGCAUCAGGACAUGGUGGCUUCAGUAAUGUAUACUGCCAUUACACCUUUGGCCAACCCAUUUGUGUAUAGCCUCCACAAUAAGGAUGUCAAGGGUGGACUCCGCAGGCUGCUUGAAUGGGGGAAGGUAGACCCCUGA